AGAAAAGAAGAAGGAGAAGAAGGAGAAGAAAGCAAGCAGCGUCUCUCUCUCUCUCUCUCUCUCUCUAUCUCCGCUCGCUUCUGGUUCUGCUUCCAUAAUUGCCCGCCGGAGAAUCGGGAGCCGGAAUCCAAUCGGCACUCCUUCUCCCCGCCGCCGGUCGCGUGACGGAGGAAGCUCCCCACACCCCACCACCCCCCGACGACGGCUGGAGGGAGACGAGACGGGGCGGAGGAAUUUCCGAGCUGACACACUGCUGGCUGCGGCGGUUGCGACUUAGGGCUGCUGUGACGCCAGUCCCGGAGGUACCCGAUUGGUGUGGGGGCCUCGCGUUCCUCUCUCUAGCUUUUGUGCUGCCCUGCUUCGCGGGACGCUCGAGAAUUGCGCCAGGUGAUUUGGUUGGACCAGCAGCAAAAUAAUCGGGAUUGUGAAAAGACGGUCAUGCUGAAUGUUGCUUCCAUUCGGUGGAUCAGGGAUGAAUUCCACGAUGGAUGACAUUAACUUGAUUCAGCAGGCACAAAGGCAUCGCCUGGUGGUUAGACAGCUUGGUGAAGAGAUUGAUCUGGAAAUUGGGCCUGGGGACGACGACCCUUCAUUUGGUAACUCCACUCUAAUCGGCGGCCCGCCGCGAGAACCUUCUUCAGAGGAGCCUGAUGACACUAAGCAGAUGGUGAUGGUUUCUCAACUUCCUAGUGAUGAUCAGGAUAUGUCAAGGACACAGCCUGUGAAAAGGAAGAAGAAGGUUGUAAAAAGAUGGAGAGAGGAAUGGGCUGAUACAUACAAGUGGGCAUAUGUUGAUGUAAAGGAGGGGACGCCUAGGAUAUUUUGCUCUGUCUGUAAAGAGUAUGGUCGGAAGCAUAGACGGAAUCCUUAUGGGAACGAAGGUAGUCGAAAUAUGCAAAUGAGUGCACUUGAAGAACAUAAUAACAGUCUACUACACAAGGAGGCUCUUCGGCUGCAGAUGGCCUCGAAGGAUAAGAUAGUUGCUGAUAAGCCUGUUUAUGUGAAAGAGCUUUUUCUUACCCUUCAUUUCAUAUGUAACUGGUUAUUCUUGGGAAUGGAAGCCCUCAUGUCAAAAACCGCUGGAUCAAUUGUUGAAGCUGCGUUAAAAAGAGAUCCACAUGAGCUUGAAUUCAUACAGACGGUUCAAGAGGCGGUGCAUGCCUUGGAGAGAGUCAUUGCGAAAAAUGCUCACUACGUCAACAUCAUGGAGCGCCUGCUAGAACCCGAGAGAACAAUUAUCUUUCGAGUUCCAUGGGCAGACGAUAGGGGCGAGACACAUGUCAAUCGGGGUUACAGGGUACAAUUUAACCAGGCACUCGGUCCCUGUAGGGGUGGUAUCCGUUUCCAUCCAUCAAUGAACUUGAGUAUAUGCAAGUUCCUUGGUUUUGAGCAGACUCUGAAAAAUGCCCUGUCACCAUACAAACUUGGAGGUGCAGCUGGUGGAAGUGAUUUUGAUCCAAAAGGAAAAAGUGAUAAUGAGAUCAUGAGCUUUUGCCAGAGUUUUAUGAAUGAGAUUUAUCGGUAUUUGGGUCCAGAUAAGGACCUCCCAUCAGAGGAAAUGGGUGUGGGAACUCGAGAAAUGGGUUUCCUCUUUGGACAGUAUCGGCGCAUAGCUGGCCAUUUUCAGGGGAGUUUUACAGGACCCAGGAUUUUCUGGUCUGGCUCUAGCCUCCGAACUGAAGCUACUGGCUAUGGCCUGGUUUUCUUUGCGCAACUCAUACUGUCUGACAUGAAUAAAGAGCUGAAAGGACUGAGAUGUGCAGUAAGUGGUUCUGGAAAGAUUGCAAUGCACGUACUGGAGAAGCUUAUAGCUUAUGGCGCUGUUCCUAUAACUGUAUCUGAUUCAAAGGGGUAUUUGGUGGAUGAGGAUGGAUUCGACUAUAUGAAAAUAUCAUUUUUAAGAGAUAUCAAAGCUCAACAGAGAAGUCUGAGAGAUUAUUCGAAGACGUAUGCAAGAUCCAAAUACUAUGAUGAAGCAAAACCUUGGAAUGAAAGGUGUGAUAUUGCAUUCCCUUGUGCUUCUCAAAAUGAAAUUGAGCAGUCUGAUGCCUUUAAUUUGGUGACUUCAGGUUGCCGUAUAUUAGUGGAAGGUUCUAACAUGCCUUGUACACCCGAUGCUGUGGAUGUGCUGAGAAAAGCUAAUGUUCUCAUCGCUCCUGCAAUGGCUGCUGGUGCUGGAGGGGUCGUUGCUGGAGAACUUGAACUGAAUCAUGAGUGUAACCUGCUGCAGUGGUCCCCUGAGGACUUUGAAUCUAAAUUACAGGAAGCAAUGAGACAGAUAUAUCAAAGAGCCCUCAAAGCAGCAACUGAUUUUGGUUAUCAAAAGGACAAUCCAGAGGCAUUGGUACAUGGAGCUGUAAUCUCCGCUUUCCUGAUGAUCGCCCAAGCUAUGACCGAUCAAGGAUGUGUAUAGUAGAGACACCGAAUAAUGUACGGAGUUCAUCCUUGCUCCUCAGCAACUGGCUCGUUCGUACCUGGACUGGACCCUGCUAAUACUCUGGACAACAUCGGUUCAGCGGGCACGAAGCUGACGGACAUCUCGGCAUUCCUGAAAGAAUAUCGAUCGUAAUCGUGUCAGAGGAGGCGGGGGGAUCAGUGGAAGUCGGUACAUCUCUUUGUAACAUAAGUGUAGUCUUAUACCGGAGACAUGGAAAAUAGAAUUUUGUCCAUAAUUGAUUGGGGACAAGAAGACAUGCUUACAUGAAAAGUUUUUAGUCGCGAUAUAAGAAAACGUCCCGAUUAAUUGCUCAA